AUGCCCUUUCCCCUUCCAGGACCUCCCCCCCCAUUCUUUCCCUUCCAGGACCCUCCCCCCCUUGGACCUUCCAACCAUUCCAAUGCUCUUUAUGGACCACUGGAAGGUCACUGGGAUGGGGGUGGGGUCCUGUAUCACUGCUAUGUUCACAAGUCGGAGUCGGAGCUUCGGGAACUGCUGGAAAAAAGGGAAAAGAAACUGAAAGAAAAAGAGGAGAGAAAAAGGAAACAGGAGGAAAAUGUGAAGAGGAAGAGGGAGAACAGGGAACAAAUGAGACGCCGCAGUCUGGCUGGGAUGACCCGGAAGCGGAAGUUGUUGGACAAUGACCCGGAAGCUGAAGAUCCCGGAACCGAGAAAGAACCGGAACCGGAAUCGGAUCAAAGUGACCUGGAACAUUAUAGGGAGGAAGUGGGGCAGGAACCGGAACCAGAUCUGUUCCCAAACAGGAGCCGAAGUCCUUCAGCCCCACAGCGGAAACGACGGCGCCGUGACCCACAAGAACGGAACCGGACCCCAAAUCCACCCCAUAGAACUGAGGGGAAAAAGGGGGCGACCCCAAAGCAUCACCCUAUGGGGCAGAGGAAGAAGAAUGGGACCCCAAACCAUCAUUCUAUGGGGCAGAGGAAGAAUGGGACCCCAAAGCAUCACCCUAUGGGGCAGAGAAAGAAUGGGACCCCAAAUGCUCACCCUAUGGGGCAGAGAAAGAAGGGGGGGACCCCAAAGAAGAGGGGGACCCCAAAUCCGCCCCAUAGGGAUGAAGGGAAGGGUUGGACCCCAAAGAAGAGCGGGACCCCAAAUCCUCAUUCUAUGGGGCAGAGGAAGAAGGACGGGACCCCAAACCAUCAUUCUAUGGGGCAGAGAAAGAAGGGGGGGACCCCAAAGAAGAGUGGGACCCCAAAGAAGGGGGGGACCCCAAACCAUCACCCUAUGGGGCAGAGGAAGAAGAGUGGGACCCCAAAUCCUCACCCCACAUCGCCCACCGUGCCCCAUAGGGCUGGGGGGGUGAAGAAGAAGCGGACCCCAAAUGCGCCCCAUAGGGCUGGGGGGGUGUUGGGGGGCAGAAUGGGGAGUGCUAUGGGGCAGAGGAAGGGGAUGGGAAAGGGGCAGAAGGGUUUUAUGGGGCAGAAGAAGGGGAGGAGCUGA